CUCCAGGCAGCGUCCGGCGCCUUCCUGGGCACUACUUGGCGGGGCCCAGCCAGGCCGCCUGGGGCCGGACCAGAACUCCACGCCCCGCACGUCUCGCUCCACUUCGAGGCGGGGGAGGGGAUGCUGCACACACUCCCGAGGGGCUUGGGGCACUUCCUCUAACAGCAGAUUCGCACUGAGUCGAGCUCUAAGCGUUCUCGGGGCCACCUCCGAGCCUUGUCGGAGAGCCGACACCCCUCCCGCGGACUCCGCCGCGCGGCACCCACUCCGGGGUAGUCAUUACCUCUCACGGAAAACUCCUAACUCCUCACGGGGCCGCGCUCCCCUUAGUUCGACACCCCCCGGGAGCCCACACGGGACCCAAGCCGCGCUCAGGGGAGACCCCUGUGCUGGAGUCAAUUCCUCACAGGACAAAAAUGUCCGGGCACGUCACGGGACAGCCGCCUCCGCGCCCCACGCCGGCCGCCGGCCGCACGCGCCUGCCUCCGCGCCCGGGAGCUGUGCCGCGGGUUGGGGCGGGGAGCCCGGGCCCGGCGGCGCCGGCCCAGGAAGGCGCCACUCUGCACGGGACUCACCGUCUGCUCGGCCGCCGCAGCGGGGAGGCGAGGGACGGGCAGGGGAAGACACAAUAUGGCAGAGCACCGCAGCUGCUCCCGGCGGCUUCCAGCAGCCGCCUCCGGGAAGACGCGGCGAAGAGCAGGCAGCGGCAGCUGCGGUGGCGGCCGCGGCAGCACCACAUCCCCCUCCCGCCCGCUUCCUCCCCCUCCCCGCACCCUCCCCCGCUGCCAUGGCAACGCGGCGCCAAGGAGAUUAGCCCCGCCCCUCCCUCUGGUCUCCGCCUCUCGCGACCCCUCCGGAGGGGGCUCGGUCCGCCCCUCGGUGUCCCCUCCCACCUCCUACCUAAGGGCGGGCCCGGGACCUCGCAGGCCUUUCUGAACUGCUGGUGGGAAGGAAGGGAGAUGCAGUGUCCGGAAGGGCGGGGUUCUCACGGAAGGCAGGGCGGAGACGUCGUGGGCCAGUGCGGGUUUCGGGCUGAGGAGGGGCUGGGAAGGCGGGAAAAAUGGAAAAGCCUCGCCUGUCCGGGAAGGACCUAUCGGAGUGCGGCGGGGCGCGGCGCGGCCCCUGAGUGGCCGAGAUGGCGCGGGGGCGUGGCUAGGGUGGCCUCCCCUGCGGGUCGGCCCGUGAAGCCUGGUGCUGGGAGUGCACGGCAGACCCCCAACAGCCUGAGCUUCCGUGGGUUUCCCCAAGAGCUUUCAGCCAUUGGCCAGGCUUUGAAAGCUCUGUAGGAACGAUAAGGAAUCCAUGGCUUAGAAAAAUAACCUGACAAAUAUAAGGUAAGUGGCAGAACUU